AUGUGGAAAUUAAUGUUUUCGUAUUUCCUUGGUUUUGUGGCCUGUGCUGCCGCCGCACCAUCAGACUCAAGAGCUUCUCUUCAUGACACUCGGAACUAUGGCAAGAUUCAGUGGGAAUCCUGUGGCGACCUCGGCGUGAACGGUACAACGGAGUUAGAAUGUGGUAGUUUGGCUGUUCCCCUGGAUUACACCGAGCCUGACUCCGGUAAAACACUCGACCUUCAGAUCUUAAGGGCUCCUGCGCCAAAUCAACCCUCGAAGGGAAGCGUGUUUUUCAAUUUUGGCGGACCAGGAGCCAGUGGUAUCGCUGAGAUGUCCUUGAUGGGGUCUGUCUUGAGUGUAUUCGUCGGAGGCUCAUACGACAUCGUCAAUGUGGUACCACGAGGAACUGGCAGCACCCUCCCGUUCUCCUGUUACACAGAUAAAGAGGAACGAAUAAGAUCGAACUUGAGGGCCCCUGUUGCUACAAAUGCCUCUGAUGUUUCUCUUGGAGAGGUCUGGGCUGAGGUUAAGAACAAAGCAGACGCUUGCACUCACGCACAGAGCGAGACUGGUGCACUUGUCGGGACGGCAUUCACAGCUAGGGACAUAAUGAACGUGGUUGAUGCUCUUGAGGAAGACGGAAAACUGAGAUUGUGGGGCCAGUCGUACGGAACGGUUCUCGGAUCGACGCUAAUUGCUAUGUUCCCGGACAAGAUUGACAAGGUUCUCCUGGAUGGUGUCAUGGAUGCGCAAGAAUACUAUCAUAUUAAUGUGGGCCAGGUCACGGAUGCAGAUAGCGCUUUUUCCGGGUUCUGCUCCCAAUGCGUCGAUAAAAAGGAUAUCUGCCCUAUCGCUGGCAAUCGUACAGCCGAAGAGCUUGAAGAAGACAUUUAUGCGGCGAUGGAGGCGCUGAAGUCCGAGCCUAUCCCCGUCUCGGUGGAUGGCCAUGGAUACAUCGUCGACUAUGCAGCCAUCAAGGGGACAAUCUACAAUGCCCUCUACUUCCCCGCAACGUGGCCCAGGCUAGCUGAGAAGCUCGACGUCAUGUUUUCCGGAAACAUCACGGGCAUUCUUACUGACCUCGUGGCCCCCCUGCCGGCAACCCCAGGCGCUGAGGCUAGCCUGGGGAUCAAGUGUAGCGACAACCAGAGUCCUCUGGAGACUCUUGAGGAUGCGCUCCCCGGUGUCCACGCGCGGGCGAAGCUGAGCAAGAUUGGUGGCGACGUUGUCGACUUUAGCGCGCUGCAAUGUGCCCGCUGGGGAAUGCCGGCAAAGGAGCAGUACACUGGAGACUUUAGGAUCAAGACUGAGAGCCCAGUUCUACUGGUAAGCACCCAAAAUGACCCCAACACACCGCUCGUCUCAGCCAAGAAGAUGAGUGAGGGUUUUGAGGGAAGCGUGGUGCUUGAACAGGAAGGUUAUGGACACACAAUAACUUCACAAGGCUCUUUGUGUACUAUCAAGGCGAUAAUGGCGUACUUUAGUGACGGUACUCUGCCCGAGCCCAACACGAUUUGUGAAGUUGACGCAGUGCCGUUCUCAGGAGAUGAUGGACUGACAGCUAUCCUGGAAGAGCUUAGCAACGCCGCUGGAAAAUAA